CGUGGCGGGCAGAUCGAAUUGAACUACUACGGAGCAAAAUGCAAGAAGACAGCCCAGGUAGCAGGGGAAAACGCACAAGAAAUGAACGUUACAGUACACCGACAAAGCCAAAGCAGUUGUCUGUGAAAGCUGCUCGGCAAAAGGCAAAGGAAUUUGCCACAAAAGAUGACAAGUCUACUCGUGUGUUGGCAAAGCAAGCCAUAUUGAAAGAACUCAGUACUCAACUUGUUGUCAGAGCUCACGGUGUUGUUCCAAAAAAUCGAAGUGAGGAAGAACACACUAAGGAUCAUCCAGUGCAUUUGACAUUAAGCGAUACAAAGAAAGAGGAACUGAAACCAGUUAAAUCAACGUCCAAGAUUCCAAGAAGAGUGGAUGAAACUUAUACCAGUAUACGAAACAAAAGACAGGCAAAAUCUGUCACACAACCUAAAAGGAAGAUUCCUAAAAAAGAAGCAGGUUUUGUUGAUAAAAGAGACAACCAACAUGAAGAAAGAAGGAAUAGGUUUUUAGCUAAGAAGUAUCUAUUGAUCUGGGAAAAGAAGACAUAUGGAAGAUUAACUCCAGCUACAGCAAGAGCCCAUUAUGAAAGAAAGCUUAAGCAACAUACACUGCAGGUAUGGCAGGAUAUUUGGUGGACAGGGAGAAAAGGGUGGAAGCUUAAUGUCAGAGCUGAUUAUCACAAUAGAUAUAGACUUUGGCAAAAGUCUUGGAAAGCAUGGAGACAGUACAUUAUUUAUUGCAAAACAAAAGCAGCAAAGGAUAAGUUGGCUCAUCACAGGGCACAUCAUUUGUUACUUGUAAAAUGUUGGUCUGGCUGGAAGGGAUACAUUAAAAUCAGAAGAGGGAAAAGACAACAGAAUAACAGAGCAAUGGAUCUGGCUGAUAAGCACCUUAAAAAGCACGUAUGGGAACAUUGGCUGUCACAGUUAGCUUUCAGGGAAAAGUUACAGCACAUGAACAAUGAGGCCCUUCAGUUCUGGGCAGCUUGUCUUAUGUCUAAGGCCUGGAGGAUAUGGACCACUUUGCAUUUUACAAGAAUUGAAGAGAGGAACAGGAUGAGAAUGGCUUCACAAUACUCUGACAGAAUAUUACUACUUAAAGUAUGGAGAGGAAUGAAAAACUACAGAGCUGUCAGAAAAUUGAAACAGUUGCGGGAAGAUGCUGCAGGGAGACACUUUUCCUUCAUAUUACUGAAAAAGUCAUUUCAAACAUGGGUGGCUAGAUGGCAGAGACAAGUAGAGCUUGCUCAGUUUGAGGACUUGAUUACCUACAAGGGUAAUGUGGCUGUAGCCAGGAGAGUAUUAGUUCAUUGGAAACACUACAUUUAUCUGAGGAAGGAUAUGUACAAAAAUGAAGAUGUUGCUGCCAACUAUUAUGAAAAACAUUUGCUGACAAUCUGCUUCAAUGCUCUUCAUUUGCAAUCAAUACAGAGAAGACUAAAAGAAAUGCGAGUGAAGAUGGCUAAUGAUCUGCACAAGAGACUUCAACUUCAAAGGGUGUGGAGCAUUUGGCUAAAGCGAUGUGAGCAUUCUGAGGAGCUGAAGCUUCAUGCAGUGUCCAAGAGAGCAAGAGCACAUUACAAUCUUCAGCUGAAGAGGAAACUCUUUGUUGUUUGGGUGAGAUACUGUCAAUGGAGACGAUUCCGAAAAUCUCAGUAUGCAAAAGCUGAUUAUCAUUUCCGCGAAAAAGCAUUGCCCAGGUAUUUUUGCCAAAUGAUGAUUUUUGUUGAUCUCAUGCAUUCUCAGAAAGAAACUAUCCUUGCUUCCAAGAAGUUCAGACGUGAAGCACUUUUGGCCAAGUCAUUUUACUUGUGGUGGAGGAAAUACCAGCUUAAGAUGGACAUCAGAAUGAUGGAAAGGAUGGCCAUUCUUCAUAAUGAUGAAGUCGUAAAGAGGCAUUGUCUUCGUUUGUGGAUUCAACGAGCACGGAAAGUGUUACGUGAAAGAAGGCUUGAGGUUGUUGCCGAUGAUCAUUACCAUCAGAGAUUGUUACUGAUGUUAAUAAGACGAUGGAGAGAGUUCAACCAAGAAAUGAAAGCAAGUCGUUCAUUGCAGCAUUUAUCAGUAAGGCAUUACUACAUCAAUCUGUUAAAAAGGACUUGGACUGCAUGGAACCGGUUUGUUUAUUUCAGACAGGUGAAAUGGCGAAAACAGACUCGUGCUUGCCUUCAUUAUCAACGGCGUCUUCUUUCACAAGUAGUCGGUGCUUGGAAGGAUCAUUACCAACAUGUAAAGGCUGUUCAAACACACUGUGAAGAGAGACUUCAAAGCCGCAAUAUGGAUCGACUGAGAUCAGCAUUUGAAACGUGGAAGAAAAACAGUACAGUAGAGAAAGAGCAGAAAAGGAAUAAAAUUAUUGGUGACAGAUUUUUUGCAAAAGCAAUACUUUUCAAGUGUUUUUCAUCUUGGAGAGAAUUUGCAGCUCAACGAGCAGUUAGGAAAUGGCAACAGUGGGAACGUGUUAGAGAAAUUCAGCAGAAACUUGAUAAAGGUAAAUUGUACCGCUCAUUCCGCGCAUGGAAGUCAUUUAAACGGAAGUCGGUACAUGACAAAACUCUGAGAAACAGGGCUUUCGACCACUAUGAGAAGGCACUGCUCAAGAAAGCCAUGUUCUCUUGGAAAGGCUACAUACACCUGUGUUUUAGGACCAAGAUUCUGCAAAGGCAGAGUAUGUGGCUUCACAAUCGAAGAAUUACUGUCGCAUUCUUCAGGAAAUGGCAGAAACAGCAUGGCGCUGUAGUUUACGAAAAGAGACAGACAGUACUGGCUUUGUGGCAUUGGAGUGUUACACUGCAAAGAAAGGCAUUUUACGCCCUUUUGGAGUACGCAAUCUCACGCAAGAAGAAAGCAGUUCGAAUCACCCGAGCUUUGGAAGAACGAAGACACAGGCUUUUGCGAGCAGGUGUCAAACAGUGGAUGAAGGUUGGGUUUCACUUGGCAUCAGAGAGGUCAAGGUUAGCUCAAGAAAGACAGCUGGAGGUUGCUCAUUCCUUACACCAGUGUGUGCAUCGCUGUGCAAUUCACUGGAGAAGAGUAACGGCCAAUAGAGUUCGACAAAGAGGAGGGAAACCGAGGCCCAGACGAGUGAUGAGUCCAAAACUUGAUGGGCCAGAUACCACGUCACUGAAGAGUUCGCACGCAGCACACUCGAUUCAGCCCUCCACAUACAGCUGGCAAGUUGAAAGGAUUGCCUCAGAAACCUUUAAGGAGCGCCCCAGGCCAAGAAAACCCGAUUACUUAAGAGAGUCUUUUGACGUCGCCGAAAUAUCUAUGUCGACGAACCUAUUCCCACGCAUGUCGUCCGUGCGUGUCACUGCUAGAGAGGAGGAUGACGAAGCAAAACCUCGGACCUCUCCCCCCCGACCUACUUCUCAAAUGAGAACAAUUAUUCAUCCCUGCGAGAGGAAAGCAGGGGAAGAAUCUUUCGUGUUUCCCUCGUCUUCAGGGGAAGAAUCUUUCUACGGCAGAGAAGGAUCAAAAAGAGUACGAACAGAUGAACGCGACUCAUCAAAAGCUGUGGUCCAUUCCAAAGUACAGCCUGAGCCAGCAUCAAAACCCGCUCAAAUGCCAGCUUCCGUUGCACCCCCUAUCCACACGAGACCAACAGGAGGAGCUGAACGAAGAGCUGUGUUGUUACCUCCCUCAUCCUUCACUCUGCCCACUCGUACAAAAUGUAGUCCGCUGCAACCCACUGUGUCAGACGCAGCGGAGGUGCAGGCUUCUUCGUCAACACAUCCAGGUUCAUCUCCCCGCACUUCCAUCGACAGCGAAAAAGAGGUGGUGUCUAGGUCUUCAACAACUUCGUCGCCGAGUAAAAACUCUGAAGAGGAAAACAAUGAAAAUUCUGCUGGAGAAGUUGGCGAGGAAGAAGACACCAACGAAGGAGAGUGGGAUAUGAAAGCUGAACGUGACAGGUUAAAGCUGGAUGCAACAGAAGGAGCGCCGAAGAGCGGCUUUUUCUGUGCGCUAAAAAAGGAAGGGAAUCUCCAGGAACGUGUUACCCACAUGAAAAAUGUUCUUCAAGAGUUUCACGACAUGAAAGUUGCCUAUAGUCACAAAAAGAAACAGCGCGAUCAGCUGUCCGUGUGGGUUGAGGAACAGAUACAGGACCUGGGACCGAAUCACCAGGAUGAGGAGCUAUUACAAACACAACAGUGCUUGCACGAGUUGAUUGAGGAAGUAAACAAAAUUGCUGAAAAAAUAAAACGGACGCGACCCUUGGUUGAACAAGUGGCGUUGAAUAUUAGAGAACUGAUACAGCAAACAGGACGCGGGGGACUGGGCUAGCUGGUUUAUCCACUACUACUCAGGCAUGUCAGCAUGGUCCUGUCUGCCAAAGGUGAACGUGUUCUUUGCCAUUUCUUACUUACAAAGGGACAUACAAGGAAUGUGGCUAAAGAGGAAUGAAUAUGGGACAGACUGUAAGAGCAAAUAGCAAAUGUUGAAUGCCUGGAGCAGAAAAAGUAAAACCAAAAGCAGCUUGUGUAACGUGCCACGUCUGCCUAAGGUAGACUGAGCAAGAGACAUUGUUGCAACUGUUGACAUUAGUGAAAGAUAAAAGCCGGUUCCACUUCCAGAAUACACCGCAAUAAGUUACAAGUGAACAAGAAAAUUAGACGUUCUCAGUUGUUCAAAAUUCGAAUUAGGUUUGGAUAAUACCAACUUAUCAAUUGAAAUCUUCAUGGAAGUCUUUCUUUUACGAUUACCUGUGCUUGUCCAUGAGCUAAAGAUUUUGAAAUAUAGAUUGUGCACUGUUACACUAACAAUGCAUCUUCCUAAGAAAAUAAACACCACUAUUCCUUUG